GCCGGCGGGGGCUGCGCUCCCCGGCCGCCCUCACCGCUGCUUUGCCGCUGCCCCGACUUGCGGCUCCCCGCGCUCCAGCCUGGAAGUUCGCGGUGCGCGUCGCCGAGCUGCGGGGGCGGGCGCGGCCGCGCCGGGGUCUCCCUGCUCCCGGCAAAGUUCAGUACUCGCGGUCGGCCCGGCCCCGCGGGCGGAGGAGGGGCCGCCCCGCCGCCGCCGGCGCUCCCGGCGCGGGGGGAGAAGGAUCCGCGCUCGCUGAUGCCCGCAAAUGUUAGCGGUGGGGCAGAUGGAUGCUAAUCGCCAGAGCGCGUUCGUCCUCAGCAGUACGCCGCUGGCCGCGCUGCACAACAUGGCCGAGAUGAAGACCUCCCUCUUCCCCUACGCCCUGCAGAACCCCUCCGGCUUCAAGGCGCCGGCCCUGGGCGGACUCAACACGCAGCUCCCCUUGGGGACGCCGCACGGAAUAAGCGACAUCCUGGGGCGGCCGGUGGGCACCGCCAGCAACCUGCUGGGCGGGCUGCCCCGCAUCAACGGACUGGCGGCCUCGGCGGGGAUGUACUUCAACCCCGCCGCCGUCUCCCGGUACCCGAAGCCGCUGGCAGAGCUGCCGGGGCGGCCGCCCAUCUUCUGGCCGGGAGUGGUGCAGGGAUCGCCCUGGAGGGACCCCCGCCUCGCCUGUCCCGCUCAGACGGGGAUGGUUUUGGACAAGGACGGCAAGAAGAAACACUCGCGACCGACUUUCUCCGGGCAGCAGAUUUUUGCUUUGGAGAAAACCUUCGAACAGACGAAAUACCUGGCAGGACCGGAGCGAGCCCGCCUCGCCUACUCCCUGGGCAUGACCGAGAGCCAGGUGAAGGUCUGGUUCCAGAACAGACGGACCAAGUGGCGGAAGCGGCACGCGGCGGAGAUGGCCUCGGCGAAGAAGAAGCACGACUCGGAGACGGAGAAACUGAAGGAGAGCUCGGACAAUGAGGACGAUGACGAGUACAACAAGCCCCUGGACCCCAACUCAGACGACGAAAAAAUCACGAGGCUAUUGAAAAAGCACAAAUCCACGAACCUGUCCCUUGUCAGCCCCUGCAGCACCAGCUCGGACACCUUGUGAGGGCGCGGGCACCGCCGGCCGCUCCCAGUGCUGCGACGGAGAUGAGUUGUACCUGGAUGUUUAAAGUGGUGUGUUGUACAGCCUAAGAUGUAUGUGAAAUGUAUAUAUUUUUUACAGAAUAAGUUAUGAAAUUAUUUUCUUUCUCAUCGAUGUAAAUUUCAGAGGAAUUUUUCCAACUUUUUUGGUUUUUGUUUUGUGACCCUUUAAGGUUUGCCCUUGUUUUCUUUUAGCCUUCUUGACGAUUUUCCUGCUCCUAACAAUCAGAUUUUGUUACGUUUUGUAUGGGUCGCCAAAUCCAAGCUCAGCCACUUUGUAUAUAGUAAAUUUCAGAUUUUGUGAUGUAUAUUUCUAGUGUAAAAAAAAAAAAAUCUGUUUUCUUUCACUCCCUCCCUCUACUCAGUGUUUUGGCGGUUUGAUUUCUCCUGCCUCUGGAUUUUAUGCUUAAUAAUAUCAAAAGAGAAAACAACCCAAAAAAAGCACGUGAGAAAAACGGACACUUGAUUUUACAUUAGCAUCAAAUAACGUCUCCAGACGGGUUGGAAAGACUUUGUAUAAACCA